AUGCAUCUCUCCACCGUGUUCUUGGUUUUUCUGCCUACUGUAGCAUUCGGCUACUCAGCUACGUUUGAUAUACAACACACCAAACAGGCCCAUGACUUGAUGAUUCUUCUGAAGGACUCGAUCGAUUUGGACCAAAUCGACGCGUUGGACGCAUUUGUGGACCCGAAAUUCACUUGGGAUGGAUGUAAAGAGGUUCUGGGAUACGCCGAGUACGUGAGAAUGCUGAAAAUCUACUCAUCCGCCAAAGCGAUGAAUACCAAUUUUGGAAAGAAUGGUGCCUAUAUUCUGACACGUGGCAAGUCGGAUAGGUGUGGGAAGCUGGAAGAGAACUGA